CCUAUUUCCUCCAACCGCCCGGCGAGCACGCACUGUUCACGCGUCCUCUGCUCUCCCAUUGGCUGACGCUCCGCACACACUCGAUUCUGAUUGGUCGAGUGUUGCCACCCGCACAGUGCGUGUUGUGAGUUUUGUUUUUCUUUUUUUUUUUUUUUUUUGUUUCUCUCCCUCUCCUCCUCCUCCUCCUCCUCAUGUUUUACACACACAGCUGAGAGGAAAAGGGAGCACAGUCAGAGGGAAAAGCGACCUCAACCCUACCCCAAGUACAGACAGCAGCACUCUCUUUGUUCUGUACGGGCUUUGACAACAAAACAAAGUCAUAAGUAUACAUUUUAUUCCUCAAUGCCAUCACGAAAAUACACAGAGAUGGACUCAAACUGGACUGAGUAUAUGGAUCAUUGUGCAAAGAGAAGGAGGCAUGACAGCGAGCAGACUGUCCCCAGUGCAACCUGUGGCCUGGAGUACACGGACCUGGAGGCAGCUGAAGCGCUGGUGUGCAUGAGCUCUUGGGGUCAGGGUCACUUCCUCAGUAGCAGCAGCAGCAGCAGCAGGCCGAACCCGUGCAAGCCCAGACCCCUCACCCCGGCGUCGGACUCCUGUGACUCCCUCAUGCCGCUUCCAGAACUUCCAGAGCCCCCGAAAGACUUUGUGUCCCUCUCCUCCCUGUGUAUGACUCCCCCUCACAGCCCGAGCUUUGUCGAGGCUUCCAGCACUGCGCUCCAGUCCAGCUCUGGCCUGGCGGUGUCCUCACAACACUGUGGACUCCAUCAACCUGUCCUGGCACCCGCUGCUGAAAAGACGCCCUCCCUCCCCCCUCUGCCACAGCCCUGCAGAGCCAUGGCGACCAGCGUCAUCCGCCACACCGCAGACAGCACCCCCUGCCAACACCGCAUUCCAGUGGCACCCAAUCCAAAGACAACUAGAGACACAGUAACAGCCGCAACGGUCUGCCAGCAGCAACAACAACGGCAGCAGCAGCAGCAGUGGCAACGCAUUACAAAGACUGAGCAGAUAACCACACCUCCAUCUCCUCCCACACCCACAUUAUCCUUCUCACGAGCAGAGCUGCACGCCAGUCCCUCCUGUUUGAACAGUGUCUACACCCCCACUCCUGUCAACAGGCAACCGCUAAAUAGCCCGCUCACUCCCUGUGCUUCCGCAACCCUGUCCCCGCCCUCAAUUUCCAGCCCUCAAAUCAUCUGCCAGAUGUUCCCAGUCAGCAGCCAAUCGGGUAUAAUCUCAGCCUUCAUCCCCGGUGCGGUUCAGACAUCCAAUACUGGGAUUCGGACCUGCACCACACCCAUUCUCCCCCAGCCCUCCUCAGCUAACGCCUGCCCUGUCCAGCAGUCCCUCAUCGUGGGCUCAGCGAUGCCCCAGGGCACGGUGAUGCUGGUUCUCCCUCAGUCCUCUAUCUCUCAGGCUGCUCACUGCCAGACUCAGACUGUCAUGACCCUGGGCAACACCAAGCUGCUACCUCUGGCCCCGGCCCCCGUUUAUGUGCCGGCGGGGCCCAGCGGCUGUACAACAGCCACAAAGAUGGACUUUUCCCGCAGGAGGAACUACGUCUGCAACUUCCCGGGCUGCAGGAAGACGUAUUUUAAGAGCUCACACCUCAAGGCUCACCUAAGAACACACACAGGUGAGAAGCCUUUCAGCUGCAGCUGGGACGGCUGCGAUAAGAGGUUCGCACGCUCCGACGAGCUCUCCCGUCACCGGCGGACACACACCGGCGAGAAAAAGUUUGUGUGUCCCGUGUGCGAGCGGCGAUUCAUGCGCAGCGAUCACCUCACCAAGCACGCCCGCCGCCACAUGACCACAAAGAAGAUUCCCUCCUGGCAGGCUGAUGUUCGGAGCCUGAACAAAAUGGUUGCUGGCAAAACACCUCUCUCAAAACCGGGCCUCGCCACGCUAAGCAUGCUGGUACCUGCUCAAAGUAGACAAUGAACACUGCCAUCCUACCCACUCCCGAGAUACCGCAGGGACACGAAGCAGCCAAGCACACAAGGCUGCUGCUAUUUCACUCAUGGGAAUGAAAAACAAAAACAUGCACUGGACUCUUUUUUUUCCCUCUCUACUGCUCAUUUGUACAUGCAUUUUUCUUUAAAGGACUCUUUGUUUACUUUGAUAUAAUUGAUAAUAUUAAUGCACUCUUGCCAAAGCCUUUGUAUGUAGUUUGUCUUAUGCAUUUCACCACCCCUCCUACACACUUUGUUUGUGUUGAUACUAUAUAUGUGAAUGUAUUGUUUGUUGUAAUAUGAAAUGCAUUUAUUUGUCAUAUUUGGGGGAAAAAAACAUGUAAAUAUGAAUAUUAAUCAUCAGUACUAUGAUUAUACCUUGAUUAUAUCUCCCUGUCUAACUUUUCAUAUUAUUUAAUACAUAUUUGUAAUAAAAAAUAAAAUAAAAUUAGUCAUUCUUUGUGCA